CUUGCUCGCUGCGUGCGGGGAAAGUUUUGCUGCGAGCGGAGGAGUUAGGAGGAGGGGGAGAGAGCGGAGCUGCCUCUUGCCUGAGCCGUCAGCUCCCUCAGCCCCGGGCGCGCAGCCACCGCCGGAGGAGGAGACCCGGGAGCAGCCGCCGGCUCCCGCCAGACCCCGGGCACUUUCUCUGCCACGCACGUGGGGUGGGAGCCGCUGCCAGCCGCCGGGGAGCGCGGAGCCCCUUAGUCCCAGCGCCGCCGCCGCCGCCUGGUGCCCGGGUAGCAGCUCAGCAUGGUCUGCAGAGCCGCGGGGCGCGGACCCGGGGAGAGGAGCUGAGCGCCGCCGGAGGGACUAGGAAAGAGCCGCGCCGAGCCCCGGGGAUUAUUUCCCAGUCCGGGAUGGGGGACUGCAGCCGCCGGCCCCGGGCAGCAGCCAGCGGGCGUCUCCGGGCCGGGAGAGCCGCUGUCCUGGUGCUGCUCCUCGCCUGCUUCUGCCUCAGCGCCGCAGUGGAGAAGAAGAAAGUUUGCCAAGGAACAAAUAACAAGCUGACCCAGCUGGGGAACAUGGAGGACCAUUUCACCAGCCUGCAAAGGAUGUAUAACAAUUGUGAGGUGGUGCUUGGCAAUCUGGAGAUCACAUAUGUGACACAUGAUCAUGAUCUUUCAUUCCUGAAGACCAUACAGGAGGUUGCAGGCUACGUGUUAAUAGCACUCAACAAUGUGGAUAGCAUUCCACUGGACAAUCUCCAGAUCAUCCGAGGAAACGUGCUUUUUGAGAACUUUUACGCACUGGCAAUUUUAUCCAAUUAUCACACAAAUAUAAAUAAAAUCAGUGGACUCAAGGAGCUGCCAAUGAAACGGUUAUCAGAAAUUCUUAAUGGAGGAGUUAAAAUCAGCAACAAUCCACAACUGUGCAACAUGCACACAGUUCUGUGGGACGACAUUAUUGAUUUGAACAAAAACGUUGUAAUGCUGUUGGAAGAUCAAAAUAAUCUGUCUAAUUGUUCCAAGUGUCAUGCAAAUUGUACAGAAGAUCACUGUUGGGGUGCCGGCAUAGAGAACUGCCAGACAUUAACAAAAGUCAUCUGUGCCCAGCAAUGUUCAGGCCGAUGCAGAGGAAGGGUGCCCAAUGACUGUUGUCAUAACCAGUGUGCCGCUGGCUGUACAGGGCCUCGCGAGAGUGACUGCCUGGCAUGCCGCAAGUUUCGCGAUGAAGCAACGUGCAAGGAUACUUGUCCACCGUUAGAGUUGUACAACCCGACCACCUAUCAGAUGGAUGUCAACCCAGAUGGAAAAUACAGCUUUGGAGCCACUUGCGUGAAAGAAUGUCCACAUAACUAUGUGGUGACAGACCACGGCUCCUGUGUUCGCUCGUGUAAUGUCGAUUCCUACGAAGUGGAAGAAAACGGUGUUCGGAAAUGUAAAAAAUGUGACGGGCUGUGUAGCAAAGUCUGCAAUGGGAUUGGAAUAGGUGAACUGAAAGGGAUUCUCUCCAUAAAUGCUACAAAUAUUGACUCUUUCAAAAAUUGUACCAAGAUCAAUGGGGAUGUCAGCAUUCUACCAGUAGCAUUUCUAGGUGAUGCCUUCACCAAAACAGAACCACUGGACCCAAAGAAACUGGAUAUCUUCAAAACAGUAAAAGAAAUAUCAGGAUUUUUGUUGAUUCAAGACUGGCCUGCAAAUGACACAGAUCUCUAUGCUUUUGAAAAUCUGGAGAUUAUACGAGGCAGAACAAAGCAACAUGGUCAGUAUUCUCUUGCCAUUGUUAACCUAAAGAUACAAUCUCUGGGAUUGCGCUCCCUCAAGGAAAUAAGUGAUGGUGAUGUCGCCAUUAUGAAAAACAAGAACCUCUGCUAUGCUGAGACAAUGAACUGGAAUAAACUCUUUGUGACAGAAACUCAGAAAACAAAAAUCACAUCCAACAGAAAUCAAGACGAAUGCACUGCUGCGGAACAUGUUUGUGACCCCUUAUGCUCAGAAGUAGGCUGCUGGGGUCCAGGGCCAUUCCAUUGCUUUUCCUGUCGUCAUUUCAGUCGCCAGAGGGAAUGUGUGAAAAAAUGCAAUGUUAUGCAAGGGGAGCCAAGAGAAUUUGAAAGAGAAUCUGAAUGUCUUCAGUGUCACCCAGAAUGCCUGGUGCAAAAUUCAACUGCGUACAAUGCAACCUGCACAGGACCUGGUCCGGACAACUGCAUAAAGUGUGCCCACUAUAUAGAUGGCCCUCACUGUGUUAAAUCCUGCCCUGCUGGAAUUCUGGGUGAAAAUGAUACCUUAGUCUGGAAAUACGCAGAUGAAAAUUCAGUGUGUCAGCUCUGCCAUCUGAAUUGUACCCGUGGGUGCAAAGGACCAGGUCUUGAAGGCUGUCCAUUGGGCUCCAAAAUCCCAUCCAUUGCAGCUGGCGUUGUUGGAAGUAUCCUUUGUUUGGUUGUGAUAGCCUUGGUCAUAGGCCUUUACAUGCGCAGACGUCACAUUGUUAGAAAGCGUACAUUGCGCAGGCUGCUUCAGGAAAGGGAGCUCGUUGAACCUCUAACACCAAGUGGCGAGGCGCCAAACCAAGCUCUUCUGAGGAUUCUAAAGGAAACAGAAUUUAAAAAGGUCAAAGUUCUAGGCUCUGGAGCUUUUGGAACUGUUUAUAAGGGGCUCUGGAUUCCGGAAGGAGAGAAGGUUAAAAUUCCUGUUGCUAUUAAGGAAUUGAGAGAGGCUACCUCCCCAAAAGCCAACAAGGAAAUACUUGAUGAAGCUUAUGUGAUGGCUAGCGUUGACAAUCCCCAUGUGUGCCGCUUGCUGGGAAUCUGCCUUACUUCUACCGUCCAGCUUAUCACACAGCUUAUGCCUUAUGGCUGCCUCCUUGACUACAUCCGAGAGCACAAGGACAACAUUGGCUCCCAGUACCUUCUCAACUGGUGUGUGCAGAUUGCAAAGGGAAUGAGCUACUUGGAAGAACGUCGCUUGGUGCAUCGUGAUCUGGCUGCCAGGAAUGUCCUUGUGAAGACUCCUCAACAUGUGAAGAUCACGGACUUUGGACUGGCAAAACUGCUUGGUGCUGAGGAAAAAGAGUACUAUGCAGAAGGAGGCAAAGUUCCUAUCAAAUGGAUGGCUUUGGAGUCCAUUUUACACAGAAUCUACACCCAUCAAAGUGAUGUCUGGAGUUAUGGUGUCACUGUUUGGGAAUUAAUGACAUUUGGAUCAAAACCAUAUGAUGGCAUCCCAGCCAGUGAAAUUUCAUCUGUCUUGGAGAAGGGCGAGCGUUUGCCUCAGCCUCCUAUCUGUACUAUUGAUGUCUAUAUGAUCAUGGUCAAAUGCUGGAUGAUAGAUGCAGACAGUCGCCCCAAGUUUCGUGAGUUGAUAUCAGAAUUCUCCAAAAUGGCUCGAGACCCUCAGCGCUAUCUUGUUAUACAGGGAGAUGAAAGAAUGCACUUGCCAAGCCCUACGGACUCCAAGUUUUAUCGGACCUUGAUGGAAGAGGAGGACAUGGAGGACAUUGUUGAUGCAGACGAGUACCUCAUUCCACACCAGGGAUUUUUCAACAGCCCCGCCACAUCCCGGACUCCCCUCUUGAGUUCGUUGAGUGCUACCAGCAGCAAUUCAGCCACAACCUGCAUUGAUAGAAAUGGGAGAUACCCCGUGAGGGAUGACAGCUUUGUCCAGCGCUACAGUUCAGAUCCAACUGGCAUCAUCUUGGAAGACAGCAUAGAUGAUGGCUUCCUGCCUGCUCCAGAAUAUGUCAAUCAGUCAAUCCCCAAAAAACCAUCGGCAUCUGUAGAACAGAAUCCAAUCUACAACAACAUCUCCCUCCCAGUAAACCCAAAGCCCUCUACAGCUUCAAGCUAUCAGAAUUCCCACAGCACAGCAGUGAACAACCCAGAGUAUCUCAACGCAAGCCAGUCUCCUUUUGUCAAAACGGUUUUUGAGAGCUCCCCGUACUGGGACCAAACAGCCAAUCACCAAAUAAAUCUGGACAAUCCUGACUACCAACAGGACUACUUUCCUAAGGAAACUAAGGCUAAUGGCAUCUUUAAAGUUCCUGCAGCAGAAAAUCCUGAAUACUUAAGGGUAGCAGCACCAAAAAGUGAAUACAUUGAAGCCUCAGCAUGACCACAGAAAAACUCUCUCUUCUUGCAGUAAUACAAACUAAAAUCCAGAUGAACCACCUGGCUGCUGCAGGAUCAAGCUAUGAACUGACAGAAGAGCAAUCACAAUUCACUGACAGACACGCUUUUCCUUUCAAGCUGGUGGGCUGAAUUCACCAAGCUCAUUUUACUAUAUAUUUGGGGCUUUUCCUUGUCCAUCCACAUACAUAACUUAGGCACAUACCAUACACAUGCAUGCAUGUUGGACUAGAGCAAGAACUUCCUGCAGAUAAGAAAUUGCAGAUGCAUUCCUUUUGUUUUCAAAUGGUAGCAUUAUAAAAAGCCAUUUUGGGAUUAACUGUAAGAAUUUCUUUCUACAAUGCAUAUUUUUAUAAACAUUUCUAAUGGAAUUUUUGGAUCUUUUACAAGAUGAGACGCUUGCUUGUUGUACUGUUAUGUGACUCUCGGACCACGAGGAAAAAAAAGAAGCAAUACAUUAUUAAAUCCCCUGAGAAGAGGUGGUUGUUUUUUUUCAAACUCUUGAAAGUUGAAUAGCUAUUCCAAAUUAUUGGAUCUUAAAUAUUGACUUUAUUUACUGUACUGGUACAAAGAGGAAAAAAAUGAGUCAGAGAGAAGUGUGGAGAUUCUGCUUGAUGAAGUAGUUUUUAAAAUGGAACAGGUUGGUGAAAUUUUAUAACCCACAGUGUAUUUAGCACAAGGACUGGAUGGCAGCACACAUUACUUUACUGACCACUACUGUUGGAGACCAGCAGGAAGAACUCAGCACACAGAAGAGUUGUUUGUAAAUGUUUAUAAAGUGCUCACAAGUCUGUUUUCUGUAUGUUGAAUGCAAACCUUUCUUUUUUCCAUUCCAUUGGUUAGCUCUAGAUUUGUCAAAUUACAUUUUUAACAAAUUUUUUAAAGAUGUUGCUAUGACUGAAAAAUGAAGUGUCGGUUCCCUUUGUCUCAAUCUCAUUUGGACAAACUUUCCAUAAAGAGCAAGGAAAUGCAAAAGGUGUUAAUUGGGUUAUUUGUGAGAGAACUGGUGAUCAGAGUGCAACUACACUAAAUUAAACUUGGCUAAGACAAAAAAUGCAACCCAAGGAAAUGAGAUUUUGUUGGUUUUUUUUAAAAUAGCUCAGUCAAAAAACUUUUUUCCUGUAUAAAAAUUGCAAAGAAAAGGGGGGGGGGAAAUACAUCAAUAUACUCUGUUAAACUUGUGGCAGAAUAUUGCCAAUUGCUGUAUUACUGUGCGGGAAUCCGUUGUCUCUUACACGACUACAGCUGCUGUGUUAGGGUGGUCUCUUUAUGCUAGGUAUAAAGAAAAUACAGUGAUAAUGAAUCAAAGAGGAAAAAGAAUAGUCGGAAGUGUUUGAAUGCAAUUGCUUAGUUUACUCUUCUGAAAUCGGGGACUGGGAAUGCCACAGGCUUCUUUGAAGUCCAAGCCUGGUUGUCUAAUUGUCACAGUGGAAUAGGCCAAAUCAAUAUUUGGUUUAAUAAUAAAUAUACAAUAUAUCUAUUGUACAUAAAACCAUUGUAGCACAAAAAGUUACAGAGAUUGGUUCUCUUUAAGUUGUGUGUAGUUUUUAAAACUCCUGAAGUUCUUUUAAUACCUUUUGUUAACAUUUUUGCUGUCUUCUUUGAAAGGAGUAGGGAAAAAAUAGUUAAAGCAUUACAAAGAGUAAUAGUAAUAUGGAGGCAUUCCUCCACUGUCUUGCUGGAAAGAAUAUUUUAGCCAAAUAGUUGGAUCUGAAGCCAGAUGUGAAGCAAGCGAUUUGCAUGCUAAGAUCCAUAAUUAAUAGUUAAUCAUUGGAAAAUUACUUGAGAUGACAUAAAAACUGUAACAGAAAAUAUGUAACAUGUAUACUUGAGACAUCAAUGCAACCUAUAGAAUCAGGGAAUGGUCAAAUUUCACUCCUCCUCUGCGAUGUUUGGAAUACCUCAAUGUAAAUUCCAGUUGAAAUAUUGCAUUUGAGUCCAGGAUCAGGCCCAAAGCCCUUAAAAUGUUGUCAUGGCAGGUUUGUUUUGUUGGCUUUUUGGGGGGGGAGGGGUGAAGACUGACUGUGUAAAAUCUCUCAUGUUAGAUCAAUGUAAUGCAGACUGUCAUUGAAAACCAGUACACGUAUAAUAAUGUGUCUCUAACAGUACAGAGUCUGGAG